AUGGAGUUGAUCAUUCACUUCCGGAUGCACGACUCCUGGGAUUCACUGUGUUCUUCCCUUGAGCUUGCCUGCCCCAUCUGUUGGAUGCUUUGGAGGCACCUCCGAUCAUCGCCUUCAGCGGUCCCGAGAAAAGAGGAGAGAGACGGGUUCUCUUCUUAUGGAGAGCUAUGGCGUGCAUUCCGUCCGGACCAAGAUCAACCUCCGCUCAGCUCCAUCCAGAUUCGCUGCAAGGACGAGUCUCAUCCAGAGCAGAUCGUGACUGUGCUUCCAGUCGCCUAUUUCUCACAGUACAAGACUUCUUCCAAAAGCCAGUCCACCGGAAGUACUGAGAAAGGCUGCGAUUCAUUAGGGUCUGGCUUGGAUAUUGAUCAAAUCCGGUCUUGGAUAUCUCAGUGUUCAAACGCCCACGAACGAUGCCAAUCACGCACGUCUAUGCUAGGAGAAGGAAAAGCGGAGAUCCCCACUCGCUUGCUUGACUUGCAUGGCCAAGGGUCUUCUAAGUGGUCACUGGUGGUCACCAACAGAGAACAGAAAUAUCGAACCUAUGCAGCUCUAAGCCACCGAUGGACCAAGCAUGUUCCGCAACUGAAACGAGAGAACUUUGCCAAACUUCAAGGUGGCGAGCUAAACUCUACUCUUCCACAGGACUAUCAAGAUGCCAUGUUUCUCUGCCGAGCCCUGGACAUACAGUACAUCUGGAUCGAUUCCCUAUGCAUUUUUCAAGACUCGCCCGAAGACUUCCGGAACGAGGCUGCAAUGAUGGCCGGGAUCUACAUGAACUCGAUUGUCACUUUUAGUAUUUGCUGGGGCGGUACAGCCAAUGGCUGCCUUCCCAAGAGAGACCCUGAAGCCAUUGUUCCUGUGGAGAUCCCGUCCAAGGAUAUCUACAUGAACGAUAUACGACUAAAGGGAAUCAGCGACACCUAUACAAGCCUACCAACUCCCAAGAGACGCAUGAGUUUUCGAGAAUCCGAGAUCAAUGAACUCAUGCAUGGCAGCUAUGCUGAAAUUGUUCAUGACUUUUACACGAAGCAUGGGGAUCCUGAGAAGGCCCUCUUGAUAGACUUGGAAGAGUGGGACAAGGCGGUUCUGGAAUCUCCCAUCAAUCGUCGAGGCUGGGUCUACCAGGAAAGAAUCUUGUCGUCGAGGAUCGUCUAUCUUGGUAAUGAGCAACUAUACUGGGAAUGUGAUCAGCCUCGUGCUUCUGAGGCGUUCCCAGACGGUUUGCCAAGUCACAAUUUCGGCACAGGUGUCGUCCGCUCAAGGAUGCGUCCAGCGAAGAAGAUGCUGGCGGAUUACUUCCAUCGGGAACUCUGGCCCGGUAUGAUAGAAAAGUACACGCAUACGGACUUGACAUUUGAGUCAGAUCGGCUUGUGGCCUUCUCUGGUGUGGCUAAGCUCUUAUCCCAGCGAGGACCCGGAGAUUAUGCUGCUGGGCUGUGGAAGGAGUUACUACUACCAGGCCUUCAUUGGGACAGGCUUGACACAGCUUCUCCAACAACUAAGUCUUCAGCAGAGGGAAAGUGGAUGGCGCCGUCGUGGUCCUGGGCCUCGGCGCUGGGCCCUGUCGAGUAUGACACACACGCCCGUUGGUGCCAUACCCGCUCCGAAGCACAUGAUGAUUGGAAUUUCAAGCCUGGUCGACCUUUGGCCCAGGUCAAGAACGUUUCCAUGGUGCCGGUGGGAGAAGAUCUUUUUGGGUCUAUCCAAUCUGGCUUUAUCGAUCUGGAGUGUCUCCUCAUUCCUGCCCACAUGUUUGGAACAGGCACCAAAAGCCACGACAAAAACCAAGCCAUACUAUCAACAUCCCCAGUUGUUGUAGAUGCAGAUCCUGGCUGCCUAUACCUUUCAUGUUAUCUCACUAAACUUUCUUUGGACAACGAACUCGGCACGAAACAGGACAUCGCCUCCUCCAUCUAUUUUGCACCCCUUCUUCUCUUCGGGACUGCCAAGGGGAACAUGGUGCAAGGGUUGAUUGUGCAGGAGAUUACAGGAAAAGAUGGGGAAGAGAAGCAAGCCGCAUACUCGGUGAAGAGACUCGGCACCUUCCGAGAUGACCUGGAUGAUGGUGUUUUGUCCAAAUUCAUCGUCCAUACCAUUGCCGAGGGCGGUAUGCAGCGACGUGCGGAGCCUGAGAGUUCAUCACAACCCAACAGUGACAUGUCAUUUCUACCAGAACUUCGAACUUAUCUCAAGUCAGUCAUAUCAGAGUCAGCUGGCGGGAGUUGGCAAGAUUGGCUUCCGCUGGCUAAACGCGUGGGCAAGCUAGCGCCAGAGUCGGAGGUGGAUGAGCUUGGAUUCCUGUGGUCGUAUUGGACAUCGUUUCGAUUGCAAUAA